AUCCACCACAUAGAUCCUAUAAGCAAUAAAUAUAGUAUCAAAAACACAUAUAUAGCAACAAAAAAAAAAAAGGAAAAUAUGGAGCUAUUAGGAGGUCAUAAUAAUAAUAGAAUGUCACUAUUACUAGUGAUACUAUUAUUCACAUGCACGGUUACCAUUCUCCAAACCACCACUCAUGCCCAAGACUCUCCACAAGACUUUCUCAACGCCCACAACGCUGCGCGCGCGCAGGUGGGUGUGGGGCCGAUCAGAUGGGACAACACGGUGGCUGAGUAUGCGCGUCGAUACGCCAACCAGCGCAAGGGUGACUGCAGACUCGUUCACUCGAGUGGGCCUUACGGCGAGAACAUAGCCUGGGGAAGGCCUGACCUUUCGGGUGUCAACGCCGUGAGGAUGUGGGUGGCGGAGAAGGCUGACUACGACUACAACUCCAAUACUUGCCGCGCUGGUAGGGUUUGCGGACACUACACUCAGGUGGUGUGGCGUAACUCGGUUCGUCUUGGGUGUGCUAAGGUUCGGUGUGAUAAUAAUAGGGGUUCUUUUAUUACUUGCAACUAUGAUCCACCAGGCAACUGGAAUGGCCAGAGACCAUAUGAUAUGUUAGCAUCGUUUGUGGACCAAUACUAGUAACUUGAUCGAUCGAUUGAUCGAUCAUAUCGAUCCUUCAAUUUAAUAUUAUCAAUAUCAUGAUCAGGCCGGUCAUGAGAUGAUGUGUUUGUCAACACUUUCAUUUUGAUUUUCUGCGUGUGCAUGGGGAAUUUCUUAGCUAUUGUCUUGUAUAUAUUGAAAUGCAAGAAAGAUUUCUCAAGUUGUUUGAGAAUUUUUCUUUGUCGUUUCUAACCAAAAAAAAAAUAAUAAUAAGAAUUAAUAAAAUGACCAAACGCAUGUUACGUA